CCGCAGACGACCGCCUUCCACAGAACGCACGCUCCGCGAAUUCGACAAGCUAUCUCCUCAAUUUACAGGGGCCGACUAGGAGUCGCCCCUUGACGAGGAAGACCUCGCCAUCAAGAUGGAAUUCGAUGAGGCACUUGCUGCAGAGAAGAUGCAGUAUUGCCCACGCUGUAAAAGUUUCGAUGUAGAGCUGAAGCCUGAUGGUGUUUGCAAGCACUGCCACGAUAAGGAUGAUAAGAGGCGUGGGGAUGAGCCUUUCUUCUUUUCUGCCAACAACUUAGACUUUGGCUCUAUACCUCAAGACUUUCCCCGGCUAGAGCCAUUCGAGGAGAUCUCUCUUACCUAGAGAUUU